AUGGCCAAGUUAACAACAGUUCGAGUUUUGUUAGCUAUUGCAGUGAAUAAAGGAUGGCAGUUGACACAAAUGAAUGUCAACAAUGCAUUCCUUUUCGGUGAACUUGAUCAUGUGAUUUUCAUGGAUCAACCAAGAGAUGCAAGUUUAUUUGUCAAGAAAAUAGGUGACAAGGUUGUGGUAGUGUUAGCUUAUGUGGAUGACUUAAUCAUCACCAGGGACUUAGAUGACGAGAUCGCCCAGCUCAAGGCUAAUCUCUGUGUGCGCUUCCGAAUGAAAGAUUUGGGCAACCCGGUAAGGUUCCUUGGUUUGGAGCUAGCCUAUAAUGGGAAUGAGGUAAUUUUACAUCAGACAAAAUAUGCAAGUGACAUGUUACACAAAUUUGGUAUGAUUUCUUGCAAAGCUUCACCAACUCCAAUUGAAUCUGGAGUAAAGUUGUACUCACAUGUUGGAAGGGAACUAGAAGACCCAACGGUGUAUAGAAAGAUGGCUGGCAGUCUAAUAUAUCUCACUCUCACAAGACCCGAUGUAGCAUUCGCUGUCGGGGUUCUGAGUCGGUAUAUGCAAGACCCUCGAAAGCCACGUUACUUAGCAAUUUUGCGUGUGCUUCGGUAUAUGAAAGGUACAAUGGGCAAGGGUGUAAUGUUCAAGAGGGAACAACAUUCAAAGUUAAUGGGUCUGUGUGACGUAGAUUAUGCGGGUGACUUGAAUGAAAGGCGGUCAACUACCGGGUAUGUGUUUAUGUACGGGUCGAAUCCUAUCUCGUGGUGCAGCAAACGACAGCCAACUGUGUCUCUUUCGACCACGGAAGCUGAGUAUAGAGCAGCAACUAUGGCUGCCCAGGAAUGCAUGUGGCUGACCCAGUUGUUUAAGGACCUGAACGACCUGUUUCAUAUGGAAUAA